AUGGUAGCCAUUGCUCGUUCUGCUGCAGCAUGUCAACAACAAUCGCCAAAUACAAAUAACGUAGUUCUAUCUGCUGGUGUUAGUAAAGUAUAUGGUAAGAAGAAGAAAGUAGCAAAACAACGUGCACCAUCACCUAACAAAUCUUCAUCAACACAACCAGUCUUAACAACAACAACAACAACAAUAACACCAGAAAUAUUUGAUAAUAUAUCAUUAAUAACACCAACUUCUUUAUCAGAAAUUGAACUAUCUCAUCAUCAAAACAAUUAUCAUGUUAAUGCUAUUACGAAUGAUGCUGAACAAUGUCUUGAUUUACCAUCAACUUCAUUUAAUUCGAAUAAUAGUAAUCAAGAUGAUGAUUUAUGUGAACUUGAUGAUGAUAAAGAAUUAGAUACAUUAACAUCAUGGCCAGUUGCAAUCGGUGAAAUCGAAUGGUGUAAAACGAAUCGUGGCAAUGAUAGACUAUGUUGUUCAUAUUAUGCUGAACAUAAUCAUCCACCAAAUUAUCAUCAUACCAAACGUUUAUUAGUAUUACAAAAAGUUAAAGACAGAGUGUUAUUAGAACCUACACCAGUUACACGAAUAAUAGAAGAUGAAUAUAUAAAAAACAAUUUGAACAAUGAAGAUCGAUGUCACUUUUUAUUACCACAAGCACAA